UGGGUGAUAAUAGAGGAGCUUCCCAUUGAAAGAUGAAGUUUAGUCUGUCCCAAGGCCUCUCUCAGUGCUGCUCUGAUCAAGACAUUGAACAGGAUGUAUUUUCCCUCAAUAGUUGAAUGCUUGUGAGGCAGCCCUGCAUCUGAAGGGGUCAAGGAAGGGUUAAGGGGAGGGAGGUUGGAUUCCUAGAGAGGAAGGAAGGAAGGAAGCCAGGGAGGAGGAGGAGCCCAGUCCUCCAGAGUCUUGCCUUGACCACCUCCUCCUCCUCUCCUUGGGCAGCCUUCCUCUCCUCCUGGGAGUCUCAGUCCCAGAUUCGCUUCAAUGGGAUGAAGAUCUGUACUUGCUAUAUUUCUGUUACUAGUGAAACAGAUUCCCAUAAAUAACAAAGGGAAAUGCCACGCUUGCUUUUGCAGUCAGGGAAUGCUUUCAAGCUGAAGGGGGUUGAAUCCGUGGAUAGAGAGGGGUGAGUGUAGCAUGUCCUUGCAGGCAAAGUGAAUGGGCUGUGGUUGAAAAACCAAAUACCGCAAUGUAAUGGUUGGAAAGAUCUUGGAAGGAGUGGAGAUUUCAUUGAAUCAAGCAUCACGUUAGUUUUCGUUACAAGAAAGGUUUAUGGAUCAUGUGGCAUCAGUGGCAGGAAUCAAAGGGGAUUCAGUGUGGGUUGGGACUGAAGGGGAGCUCAAUGGGAGGCCAGGUGAGGCCAGGUGGGUCUGGAGAAGCAGAUGUCCAAGUGGAAGGAGGGCCCAGCAUUACCUGGCUCUGCAAUAAAUAAGAGCUUGUUAUUUCACUCUCCAAGGAAAAGCCUCUCAAAGCCGGUGGUCUAAUUCUGCUUUUCCUUCACAGAGGAAAAGUGACGGUUGUCUGAGAAUGUUGGAGUAGAGCCUGUUCAGGGAAACACGGAGGAGGAAGGCAUCUUGGGUCCAGUUUGUUUCUUCACCAAACAGUGGUUCCAACAUGGCGAGACCAAACUCACCUGGAAUUGAAUCUGGACUUGGGAGCAAUGGUGAAUCCUGGGGAAAAACAACACAUAAGUUCCUAAGUGUGGACCUUUAUAGUUCACUCAUACAGUUCAGGCAUUCCUCCUUCCGAGAGGGCAAGGGACCCAGAGAGGUUUGCAGCCGCCUCCACGAUCUCUGCCGCCAGUGGCUGAAGCCAGAGCAACACACCAAGGCGGAGAUGCUGGACCUGGUGAUCCUGGAGCAGUUCCUGAGCAUCCUGCCCCCAGAGAUGGGGAGCUGGGUCCGAGAGUGUGGGGCAGAGACCUCUUCCCAGGCGGUGGCCCUGGCGGAAGGCUUCCUCCUGAGUCGGGCAGAGGACGAGAAGCAGGAAGGACAGGCCCAAAAUGGCUGCAUGGAAGCCCACCYGGAUGUCCCUGAAUCAGAGGAACCCCCACCAGGCCCCACCCAGAGCCUCCAGCAGAAGGAGCUCAAGCAGGAAGGAGACGGGGCUGCGGCCUURGAGGGGGCUAGAAUGAUGUUUUUGCUGAAUCCACAGUCGAGUCUUCCCUUUUGUGAUGGAGUGGAACUGAAUCAGGGCCCAAUCGCCUUUGAGGACGUGGAUGUCCAUUUCUCCCUGGAGGAGUGGGUUCUCCUGAAUCCUGGUCAAAAAGUCUUGCACGUGCAGAUUAUGGAGGAGAUUCAUGGGAUGGUGGACUCUCUUGCAGAUAACUGGAACACCAAACGUUUGGGACACAAUGGGGGCCUUCCUAGACACCAGCAAACCCACAGAGAAGAUGGAGCUUCUGCCAGAAAAAGGCCUUACAAAUGCAAUGUAUGUGGGCAGUGUUUUACCCAAAGUAAGGGACUUGUACUUCACAAGACACUCAGUGCAGAGAAAAGCCAUUGUCGGUUGAAAGCAUCAGCAAAAUGUAUUGCUGCUUACAAACUGCCAGAUCUGAGCCAACAAGAAAUCUUUGUAGGAACUGAGGAUUUCAUAAACCAGGAGUGUGGGACAAGUUUUGCUGAUGGUUCACAAUUGAUGAGGCACAAAAAGGUCUACACAAGAAAGAAGCCAUACCAAUGUAAGGAGUGUAAGAAAUGUUUUCCUUGGGAGUCAUCACUUCUCAGACACUGGAAUAUCCAUACAGGAAAGAAACCAUACCAGUGCCAGGAUUGUGGGAAAUGUUUUGCUAGAAGUUCAACCUUGGUGAGUCACAAAAGACUCCACACAGGAGAGAAGCCAUACAAGUGCCAGGAGUGUGGGAAAUGUUUUGGUCACAGUUCAAACUUGGUGAGGCACAAAAGACUCCACACAGGAGGGAAGCCAUACAAAUGCCAGGAGUGUGGGAUGUUUUUUCCUAACAGUGCAACCUUGGUGAGUCACAAAAGACUUCACACAAGAGAGAAGCCAUACAAAUGCCAGGAGUGUGGGAAAUGUUUUGGUCGCAAUUCUCACUUGGUGAGGCACAAAAGACUCCACACAGGAGAGAAGCCAUACAAAUGCCAGGAGUGUGGGAAAUGUUUUGCUUCCAGUUCAGACUUGGUGAGGCAUAAAAGAGUCCACACAGGAGAAAAACCAUGCAAAUGCCAGGAGUGUGGGAAGUGUUUUACUAACCAUUCAACCUUGGUGGGGCACAAAAACCUCCACACAGGAGAGAAACCAUACCAGUGCAAGGCGUGUGGGAAAAAAUUUGCUUCAAGUUCAUACUUGGUGAGGCACAAAAGACUCCACACUGGAGAGAAACCAUACCAGUGCAAGGUGUGUGGGAAAUGUUUUGCUUCCAGUUCAUACUUGGUGAGGCACAAAAGACUCCACACAGGAGAAAAGCCAUACAAAUGCCAGGAGUGUGAGAAGUGUUUUACUGACCGUUCAACUUUUGUGAGGCACAAAAGACUCCAUGUAGGAGAAAAGACAUGCAAAUGCCAGGAGUGUGGGAAGUGUUUUGCUAACAGUUCGGCCUUGAUGAGGCACAAAAUACUCCACACAGGGGAGAAGCCAUACAAAUGCAAGGAGUGUGGGAAAUGUUUUGCUCACAGUUCAGACUUGGUGAGCCACAAAAGAGUCCACACAGGAGAGAAGCAAUACCAAUGCCAAGAUUGUGGAAAGUUUUUUGCUUCUAGUUCAUACUUAGUGAGCCACAAAAGAUUCCACACAGGAGAAAAGCCAUACAAAUGCCAGGAGUGUGGGAAAUGUUUUGCUUACAGUUCAGACUUGGUAAGGCACAAAAGACUCCACACAGGAGAAAAGCCAUACAAAUGCCAGGUGUGUAAGAAAUGUUUUACUUGGGAGUCAUCACUUCUCAGACACUGGAGUAUCCAUACAGGAAAUAAACGAUACCAGUGCCAGGAGUGUGGAAAAUGUUUUGCUGACUGUUCAACCUUGGUGAGCCACAAAAGACUGCACACAGGAGGGAAGCCAUACCAAUGCCAGGAGUGUGGGAAAUGUUUUGGUUACAGUUCACACUUGGUGAGACACAAAAGACUCCACACAGGAGAGAAGCCAUACAAAUGCCAGGAGUGUGGGAAAUGUUUUACUCAGAGUUCACAAUUGAUGAGGCACAAAAAACUUCACACAGGAAAGAAAUAGUAAAAGUGCCAAGAGUGUAGGAAAUGUUUUACACAGAAUACACCCCUUAUUGACCACUGGAGAUCCCACACAGGAGGGAAGUCAUAUCUACGUCAAGAGAGUGGGAAAUGUUUUGCUGACAGUUCACAAUUUGUGAGCCAGAAAUGACUCCACAUAGGAGAGAAUCCUUACUAAUGCCCGGAGGAAGUGUUUUACUCAGACUCUAUCUGUUAACGAAAAACAGUUAAUACAAACAGGCUACAAAACAGUCUUUGUGUGUAAACAUCUGAUUUCAAACAGGACUGUUUGAGAAGUUCUGCUUAAGACUCGGUAAAGUCUCCUUAAAAUGCAUAUCCACAAAAUAAUAACAAAAAAGAAUAUAAGAAAAUCAAAACAACAACAUUAAACACUAUCUAAAACAAACAUCAAUACCAAACAAUCAAUAGUAAAGGAAGAGAUGUUUCCACUAUUAUUUCCCUUGAUGUGUACAAAUUGUAUCUCUAGUUAGAAUUUACUGCCUGUUAAUUUGCUUCUGGCACUCUGCUAAUCCACAGUAAACAGAAAAACAUGAGCCUUUGUAUUAUUUUGGAAUGUACAGUAUUAUAUGAGUAUUUGACUCUAUGAUAACCUAUUUUGAGUAUUUGAAUCAAAUUGUGAGAAAUUUGAUACGUUUUGCAAAAUUAAAGCCCUUGGGUUUUGUAUUGUAAGGAAACAGAUGUUUCUGGGUAGAGUAAGAAUAACAAUCCUAAAGUUUGCAUAAUGAAUACAAGUUUUCCAUCUCUGGGGCAUAGAGACAUUUUACUCAGAAACAGAAAAGGAAAUGUGCGGCAGAGGAAAACAUUAAAAACAUGACCAGAACAUGAAA